CCUGCUUCUAACAAGCGUUGUCAACCUCUACUGCGCACCUCACUCCACGCUCGUAGUUCAAGCCGUUCGGUGAUUUGAACUUCUCGUCUCUGUUUUGGCAGCAACCACUCAAGCUCGUCACUUUUGCAGGCAACCAUCCUGCGCCUGUCACACCGCAACCUUUUCUUCACAUCGACCUCUCGUGUCAUCUUCUCUUCGUGCAACGUGCGCCUCUUCUUCUCAAACAUCAGAUUGUUUGCGCGUCACUCAGUCUCUUUGACCUCGAUACAUUGCGCCUAAACACAUCACAGCUUGCCGUCAUGGCAUCUAGUACCAAGUCGCCCCCCGACGCGAUUGUCCCCAACCUUGUUGUCAUCACGGAUGAUGCAGAUGUGACACUGCGUGUUAUCAAGUACACUCAGCGACUCAAGCCUGGCGAUGAUGGUAACGACAAGGUCAAAUCCAUCACUGACUUCAAUGUCAACACUCAAGUCAUGAUCAGAAACUCAGAGUUCUUCAAGACUCUUCUGACAGGCAACUUCGCCGAAGCUAGUCAGAGCGUAGUUACGCUCAAGGAACACGACCCUUCGGCCAUGCAAGCAAUCUUUUGCGCUCUCCACAGUCAGUACGAAGACUGGUCCGCCUCUUCGUGUGGUCUGUCGAUCACAAAGCAGACUCUCGGCCUUUCGGUCCACAGUCUAUGCGAUGUGAUUUCCUCCGCCAGACACUUUCUCAUCGAAAUGGUAGAGCUUGACUCUUGGUUCAAGCUGUGGUAUGAACACGGAGACAACUCAAAGACUGACCCGAAGUCGAUGUUGUACCCUACCUACCAGCUGAACCACGCGGAAGGGUUCGCUGCGGCCACCAAGAAGAUGGUGUACCACCAUACUCGCAUCGAAGAGACCAAGAACCAGCAACACAAAGAUCUUCAUCUACCUCCUCGUGUGAUUCAGCAGCUGUGCGCAGCCAGAGGUCGCCUGAAGACCAUUCUUUCCAACCAGAUCUGGAACCACAUCAGCGGCUUGUUAGAUGGUUCCUGCAACUGCAAGGAAAAGACGCUCUUCGCCUUCCUACAUGCACUCAAGGAAACCGGCGGAUUUCCUGUCGAUCAAGCUGCUCAGCGUAAUCCGAUUGCCUACGUCCUUCACCAACUCGCCGACUUCGACGACUACUUUGAAGCCCCUGCGGAAGCUAAGGGUUGCUCGAGAUGCAGUACUGACUGGAGCAGUGCUAUGAAAACUGCAUGUGCUGUAGUCUGGAAGUACUUUGACGGUCUCUGCUUGGACUGUAUGGACCACACUCAGCCCAAGUUCGCAGACGAGCAUGAGGAUUACUGGGGUCAUCUUGAAAGAGACAUGGAGUGGGACAAUGCCUGCCGCAUAGACCAUGGUCAAGCUACAUGGUACUAUUCCUUCAUGGGCCGUGCUGAUGCCCGUGAUAAGAUUCUCAAGCGUGUCAGACUCGCUAACCCUCGUACCAAGUUCUUGUGAAGAAUGGUUCAAGAGACAUGGAGGUAGUCUGAACGGUAUCGAUUAUUGAGAGUGGAGCUCUCACAAGAAAAAGUGUGUUCAUCGUUGCUUUUUCAUUGUUUUUCGCUCGCAUGGGUUGUUACGAGGAAGUUUAUAUCUUUGCUUUCCGUCUUUUCUCCCAUAACUAGCUAUCGCGUACAAGUUGUUUCUUCUGAUGUGCGUGGCAGUUUCUCAUUCGGCGUGCGUUUGCAGUAUCGGCGUUUGAGGAAGGAGCUCCCUCAUGCUUUCUGGUUUUGACUGCUUCUGAAAGGUAUCAAGCAAUUAUGU